AUGGCCCCACAACAACUACAGAUGCGCAUCGAAAAGAUGCAAUCGCCUGACUCGGACUUGCGAUUCAUGGCGCUCAACGACCUUGCCAAUGAUCUCUCAAAGAACCAGCUUGGGAACCAAGACGAACAGUCCGAGGCCAAACUGACGCGCCAGGUGGUAUCAUUGCUCGCGGAUAAGAAUAGUGAAGUCAAGAAUCAGGCUGUCAAGUGGCGAGUCCCACUGAUUAAAGUCGUUCGACCCGCGCAGAUGGACUCAACAAUCGACCAGUUGAUUGAAUAUUCAGGUGGAAAGGAUGACGAAUUGCGUGAUAUUGCUGGCCUGGCAUUGAAGACGGUUACGGCUGAGCUCCCUCUAGAAGGAACUGUCGCACCUCGUACAAUCCAGAAGCUUGUUCCGAAGCUACUGCAGCAACUGGGUUCGGCCAACACACCCCCAGAUGCAUUGAUCGAAACUCUUGCGACGUUGACUAUCCUAGUUUCCCGUUUCCCUUCUCACAUUCCUCCACAAGAACCAAUGAACGUUCUUACACCCUUGCUUCUUCACGCGAGGCCAGCCGUUCGGAAACGCGCGAUUACGACGAUUGCGAGCUAUGUACCCACACUCUCCCAGUCCGAACUCCAGCAAUUCAUUUCUUCUACGGUCCUCCCCGGACUCCAACCUUCGGCUCCACUUGAGAAACAACGUACGACCAUACACCUCGUGGCGGCCGUCGCUCGGCAUUUGGCUUCGAGCCUCAACGAAGUCGUCCCGAGCGUAUUGAAGGGCGUGAACAAGGAGGACGAGGAACUUCGUGAAGCUGGGCUUCAGGCGCUAGAACUUUUGACCCUGAGGUGCCCAACAGAGAUUACCCCCUUCUUGCAAGAACUUAUAUCUACGGGUACCACGUACAUUAAAUAUGACCCUAACUACGCAGGCGAUGAAGAUGAAGAUGACGAGCCCAUGGAAGAUCAGGACGAAGAUGAUGAUGAGGAUGGAGGUGAAUAUUCUGAUGAUGAGGAUACGAGUUAUAAGAUCCGCCGGAGCGCUACUAAACUCUUGGCUGCCAUUAUUACGACUAAACCGGUGCUGGCGGAGGAGCUUUACGGCAACGUUGCUCCGGUGCUCGUUUCUAGAUUUGCAGACAGGGAGCCAACAGUCCGUUAUGAAGUCUGGACGGCACUAACACUUCUCAUCCGUCAACCCUCUCCUGCACUCGACACUCUUGCUCCUAAAUUCCUCAGGCAGCUACUCAAAACCUUGCCCCCGAAAACGGCACCCCCAGUGCAGGCGCUUACCCUUCUCAAUACCCUCCUAACCCCAGAUACGUUCGACAGCAAACUUCUUGGGGGCACUGAAGAACAGCUAUUCAAGGUUCUUGUGCACCCUGAGGCACUUCCCACUUUCUCGCUUCUAGUGAAGCACGCUGUGCCUUCGGAAGAUGUGAAACAAAAACUUGUCUCGCUUAUGCAUGAGCGCCACCCUCGGGUCGCAGCGGACGCAAUCAAAGCGGGCACAGAACUCGUCCAGAGGUCACAAGACCCUAAAUUCGCCUCGUCUCUGCAAUCUGAGGCUCGGGAACGAUUGAAGAAUUCUUCAACAGAUGCAGCAGUUCGGGCCGUUUGCGCGCGUGCAAUUGGGGCGUUGCUUGUGGCUAAAGUUCCAUACGAAGACGAAGAUUGGGAGUUGGUUCGCCGCUCAGGAGCUGUUGGAGUUGUUACUGGUGUAUUGAAGGAAAUCAAGGAGAAAGAACUAGAAAUAAUUCUGGAAAAGGCAUGGCUGGAUGCGAAUAUUGUCUGGACUGCGGAUCUCGUUCGCAAGGGGAGCGGAAGUGCCAAGGUCGAGGCUAUUGGGUGUUUGGAGGCUUUGUUGGCAGAGAGCCAAGGAGAAAUUCCUGAAUCGGUUCAAACUCCCCUUAUCGAAAACCUCAAAACGUACAUUUCUCAAUCUGACCCACAAUUGCUCAUCAAGUCACUCGAAUUACUCACAUUCCUGCUCCGAAAUUGGCCCAAACAAUGGUUCGCGUCAAUCGAAAACCAGGUUCUGCCUCGAAUAUAUCCUUUGGCUACCGAAACCUUGCUCCCAGCAUCUUUGGACGCUCUACGAGGGUUCUUGUAUGCCCUUGCGAAUGCAGACGAGCAGAUUGCUAGUCAUCUCGUUGGGGGCCUCAAGGUUGCGUACGAGAAAUCCGGAACAGGUGCUGCAAACGUGAGCAAGUGUCUUGGUGCUGUGGUUCGGGCCCAAAGGCCGAUUGCGGCUGGGACUAUCAAUGAAUUUGCGAAGCACAUCAAGCCAACGACGAAGGCUUCACAAACUUCGCUUAUUUUGUGUUUGUUAACGGUUGGUGAGAUUGGAAGAUUCAUUGAUAUGUCGAAUCAACCUGAAGUCUUCGACAAUUCACUCGGGUUCUUCAAGUCCGACGCAGAGGAGAUCCGGAAUGCUGCGGCUUUUGCUGUUGGUAAUAUCGCCAUUGGGUCGCAAGAGCGCUUCUUGCCGGUCAUCGUCAAGCUUGUUCAGACAGACGACGAGAAGCGAUUGUUGAGCAUGAAUGCCCCACCUCGAAUCAAUUGCCGAAUCUCUCUGGCAACCACUUUUGACACUGGCUCUUCGCACGAAAAGGCACUCAAUAUUGCCGCCUCCUGCUUGGGCAAACUCACAACUACUAAUCCAGCUCGGUUCCUUCCCCCUCUUGAAGCGAGGCUGCAGGACUCCAACCCAACUGUGCGCGCACUUGUUGUAUCUGCCAUGAGGCAUAUGUUUGGCUUCGGGGGCGUAAAUGGAUUGGAUGAACUCUUGAAGCCAUUUGUAGUUGUGUUCUUGGGUUUGUUGGACGACAAGGAUUUGAACGUCAAGCGUCUGGCACUGGCCGCUCUCAACCAAGCAGCGCGUAACAAGCCUCGAUUAAUUGAAGACCAACUCCCAUCCUUAUUACCUAAACUCUACGACGAAACAACUCCCAAGCCUGAGUUAAUCAGGAUCAUGGAGAUGGGUCCUUGGAGGCACAAGAUCGAUGAUGGAUUGGAGGCUAGGAGGACUGCGUACGAGACUAUGUAUACCUUGUUGGAUACUUCCCUCUCCAAACUUGGCCUCGACGAGUUCCUCACAAUUGUUCUACGCGGUUUAUCCGACGAAUCCAACGAGGUCAAGGUGCUCUGCCAUAUGAUGCUUCAUCGUCUGUCACAGGUUGCCCCAUCUGCCACGUCUCAACGAUUGGACGAGACCGUCGAACCGCUCCGUGCGGCGAUGAAAGAAGUCACGAUGGAUAAGAACACCGUCAAGCAAGACCUAGAGCAGGCCGCAGAACUACAGAGGAGUGCACUCCGAGCUGCUGCUGCAUUGAAUACCCUGAGCCACCCCGGAGCGCCCAAGUUUGUCGCGUUUGUGGAGAGUCUCGAGAAGGGCAAGCUAGCUAGCGAAUUCAGAGAGCAAAAGGCAUGA